AGUAAACACGAGUAUUUUGCUCUGUCUGUUCUGUUCUGUUUAUAAAAAUAAAAAUAAACCUCCCCAAAUCCCUCCUCCUCUACGAUCUCUUUCCUUCCUUCCUUCCAAUUGAUUUCAGUUUUCGGUUAAAUCACAUACUGCAACAAAUCUGUACGGAGAACGACCACAAUGGACGGUGGAGGUCGUGGUGGCGUAUACAAUCCGAGAACCGUCGAAGAAGUUUACAGAGAUUUUCAAGGCCGUCGUAACGGCUUGAUAAAAGCUCUCACAACCGAUGUUGAACGGUUUUAUCGGCAAUGCGAUCCAGAGAAAGAAAACCUUUGCCUGUAUGGGUUCCCUAGUGAACAAUGGGAAGUUAACUUACCAGCAGAAGAGGUGCCCCCAGAGCUCCCUGAACCUGCAUUAGGAAUUAACUUUGCACGCGAUGGAAUGCCUGAAAAUGAUUGGCUGUCUCUCGUUGCUGUUCAUAGUGAUGCAUGGUUGCUUUCUGUGGCUUAUUAUUUUGGUGCAAGAUUUGGUUUUGACAAAUCAGACAGGAAACGUCUCUUCAAUAUGAUAAAUGAUCUCCCAACUAUCUUUGAGGUUGUGGCCGGAUAUUGCAAGAAACAGACCAUCUCUAAUCAUAGCAGCACUAAAUCCAAGUCAAACACAAAAGGGAGAGGAUCUGAAUCCCAGAUGAAAUACACAAAGAUGCAAGGAAAAGAGGAUGAAGAAGAUGAUGAAUUGGAGUAUGAAGAUGAAGAUGAACAUGGAGAUACGUUAUGCGGAGCUUGUGGAGAGAAUUAUGCAUCUGAUGAAUUCUGGAUCUGCUGUGAUAUAUGUGAGAGGUGGUUUCAUGGCAAGUGUGUGAAAAUUACACCUGCAAGAGCUGAACACAUCAAACAGUACAAGUGUCCUUCAUGUAGUAGCAAUAAGCGAGCACGUCCAUGAUUGCAGUCAGUCAGUCUCUCCUAUUUAACCAUCUGAUAUGAUUUUGAGACUUGGUAAGCUUCUAGUAUGAUCCACCGACUUGUUAGACUCGUUGAGACCUACUUCAUGAUAACAUUUGUUCAUCUAUCUUUUUCAUACUCUUUUUAAGUUAGAAGUUUUGCAUGUUAUGUUUGUGUUAAGUCAUUGUAGUUUCAA